AUGUCCGAGACUACUAAUGAAGAUUCCGGAGCCGGAAGAUCUGCGGAUGGCAGUUCAAAUGGACAAAGAAGUCAAUCAGAAGAAGCUCUCGCGGAGAGUUAUUCGUCUGAUCAAGUCGAGAGUUGUACUCCUCUGACGACGUCAUCCCCAAACUGGGGCAUUGAUGAUGAUGAUGAUAUUGGACCAAAACCUUCUGAACUAUUUGGGAGACAUACUUGGAAGAUUGAGAAAUUUUCAGAGAUCAACGAUGAACAGGAACUUCGUAGCGAUGUUUUUGAAGUCGGUGGCUACCAUUGGUAUAUCUUGAUUUUUCCAAAAGGUUGUGACAACAAUCUCUCUGUGUUACUCUGUGCUGCAAACUAUGAUAAUCUUCGUCCAGGUUGGAAUCAUUUUGCUCAGUUUACUGUAGCUUUGGUAAACACUGCUGAUCCAAAGAAAUCAAAGCAUAGAGAUAAAUUACACCGGUUCUGUAAUAGAAUGCGGAUUUGGGGAUGGCCAGAGUUUAUAGAGUUACCUAAAUUACAGGACGGUUACUUGGAUGAUUCUGGCUCUCUUUUAAUUACGUCUCAAGUUCAGGUGAUCAGCUUUAGUGACUUCUGGUUAGGGUUGGACCAGAAUUUUAAGCGUGAGAUGUCUCGAGAGAGAAGGGAUGUGAUUCACGAACAACUUGUAACAAUCUUCUUCGACGAGAAUGAGGUUACAUCCACUUUAUUGAUGGAUGCCUUUUAUAGUGGGUUGAAGUCUCUGGCUCUUGAAGGUCAAACUAAAACUAGGCCAAGAGUAACCGAUACCGAAGACUUGCCAGCUCCAAUGGUUCGUAUGGACGGAGAUAUGUUUGUAUUAGUUGAUGAUUUUGUGUUACUUCUUGAGAGGGCUGCCCUUGAGCCAUCUCUUCCAGAAGAUGAUAAAGGUUCUCAAACCCCUACAAAGGAUGAGAAUGCUAGAUAUGCAGUCGAUAACGAGGCCACGGAGCGUGAAGAGAGGCGUUUAACGGAGUUGGGUAGAUUUGCCGUAGAGAGAUUUGUUCUUGGACAUCUCUUCAUAAACAAGAUUGAAAGACCGUACCAAGAAGCUGUUGCAUGGACAAGGCAAGAAGACCUAAUUCGCGAAGAAGAGGAAGCCUUGCUAGUAGAAAGAGAACGUAAGGCCAAAAGAGGAGCAGCAGAAAAGGAGAAGAAAUCUAAGAAGAAAAAGAAAAAGAACAAAGGAAAGGCAAAAAAGAAAGAAGAAUCCGUGAGGACCCAAGCAGAAGAAAGCUUUACUGAGAAAGAUGAAUUUGACCCUAAGAAUCAAUGCCCUUCUUUAGAACAACCAAUACCGGAGACAAAUGAUGUUGUACCAAAAAGAAAAGCAGUACCUUCAUCAUCAUCAUCUGGAGACAUUCAGUUGCAGAUUGUGGUUUCUGAAGCAGAUAUAAAGAAAACUCCUUCUCCAAAACCGGAGACAAAGGAUGUUGUUCCAGAAAGAAAAGCAGUACCUCCAUCAUCAUCAUCUGGAGACAUUCAGUUGCAGACUGCGGUUUCUGAAGCAGAUAUAAAGAAAACUCCUUCUCCAAAACCGGAGACAAAGGAUGUUGUUCCAGAAAGAAAAGCAGUACCUUCAUCAUCAUCAUCUGGAGACAUUCAGUUGCAGACUGUGGUUUCUGAAGCAGAUAUAAAGAAAACUGCUUCUCCAAAACCGGCGGCACAACCAGUACAAUCCAUGUCAAGACCUGUGACUGUGAGUGCUCCUAUAAUCUCUCGGAAGCAAACUUCUCCUAUAGUAUCUGCUGUUCAAACCUCCACAUUGUCAUUUUCUCGUUCAAUGAGAUCAACAUGCCAUAUAGGUUCACCACCACAUAACCAAACUUACAUUCCUCAGUCCUACCAACAUGCCAUGGUGAGUUCAUCUGGUAUCUACAACUCAAGCUCUCAACCGACCGUUACAAGCAAAUUGCCUCCUUAUUCACAUCCGCUUCCUGUGUCAGUAUCUAAUCAGUCCGCUUUACCUAUCAACUUUGGCUCUUGGGAUGAGGUUUCGUCUGGUGGGCUCUUGUGGACCUGUGGUUCAAGUUCAAACAAAGACACAACAACAACUGCCAUCAGUGGGAAUCAUGGAACGAACCCUUGCAACACACGCAUCAUCAGUGAUCAGUUUGGGAGAACAGCACAUAGUUUAGUGACUGACGACGAGUACCCUCACAUUGGAAUCAUCAACGAUCUCCUUGAAGACGAGUAG